AUAAUUAGUAGUAUGUUUAUUCAAGAACUUAUAUGCUUCAGAAAAAAAUCAGAAAAUUGAGAAUUAGUCUUAGUUGUAGAAACUGUAAUGACCAAAAGUUUGAGAAGAACAUUGGAAAGAUGAUGAUUCAGCAAACAGGGUUUAUCUCUACUUAUUCAGUUCUCAGUUAUGCAGCUGGAGUUGCAGGAAACUUCUUUGCUUUUGUGCUAUUUGUCUCUCCAAUGCCAACCUUCAGAAGGAUUAUCAGAAGGCAGUCUACAGAACAGUUCUCUGGGCUGCCCUAUGUAUAUGCCCUUUUAAACUGCCUAAUAUGCCUUUGGUAUGGAAUGCCUAUAAUAUCUCCUGGCAUCAUCUUAGUUGCGACAGUGAAUUCAGUUGGAGCCAUUUUCCAAAUGAUAUACAUUAUCAUUUUCAUUGCAUAUGCAGAGCGAGGCAAAAAGGUAAAAAUGUUAGGAUUGCUAUUGGCUGUUUUUGCUGUAUUCAGUAUCAUAAUUUGUGUCAGUCUCAAACUUUUCGAGCCUCCCAACCGGCAACUUUUUGUUGGUUAUUUGAGUGUUCUGUCUCUCAUAUCAAUGUUUGCUUCUCCACUAUUUGUAAUUAAUUUGGUGAUCAAAACAAAAAGUGUUGAGUACAUGCCAUUUUAUCUCUCACUUGCAACUUUUCUGAUGAGUCUUUCUUUCUUUGGAUAUGGGAUGUUCAAGCAAGAUUUAUUUAUUUCUGUUCCUAAUGGGAUUGGCAGUUUGCUUGGAAUAAUACAAUUAGUGCUCUAUUUCUGUUACAGCAGAUCAUCUGAUGGAGGAAGGCCCAGAGCACCUCUACUUGAAUCUUAUGCAUGAAAUACGGGAAAAAUUCAAAGUUGUUCUUAAUAGAUGUUCUUGUGCAGGUUCUUAAUCUAUUUCGAUGUCUUGAUGAUUUGUUACUCAAUUAAGUUUUUUCCUCUUUAUCUGCCUGUUUA